AUGCUUGAUAGUAUUCAUGAGCCGCCAGUCUCCUAUCUGAACAAAAAUGACAUCUAUCAUCUCACUGUGAGAGAUACCACACCGGUCUCAAUUACUAAAGGACUGAUUAGAUACCGAACUUUUGUUCGAGUCUCGUUUCACCAAGAGGAGCAGAGAUCGAACCCUGGUGUCUAUUGGCAAUACUGGAAAAAGGGUCGAGGGAAGAGUUACCCAGAACCUCAUAUGAAAGGUCCCUUGGCCGUUGAGUACGCGGGUCAGAGCUCCUUCAUUGAGGUUGAGCAGCAGUCCCUCGAUGGAUUUUGUGUCACAUGGAUUAGUGCCCCAGCUUUACUGAUGCCAGAGUGCAACAUUUCAAUCCGGUUCGAUUUCCUUUCCACCGAUUUUACGCGUUCAAAAGGAAUGAAAGGCAUGCCUCUUCAGCUCUGCGCAAAAACGAACCAAGUCUCAACAGAGGACACUACAUACCCUUCUGAUCAACCGGAGACCUGCUACUGUAUAUUAAAGCCCUUCCGCGAUCAUGGUGCACAAAGAAAGCUCUCAAACGACAGUGCAAACAUUAUGAAAACGAUUGAAAAGGCAAGGACGCAAGCUGCAAACGGAGAACAGUCAGGGAAGUUCAGAAGCAAGCGCAGACAAAGCAAGAUUAAAAAGAGUAGUGAAUCUGAAAUGCCGUGGGAUAAUGCACAGCAAUCAAGUCAGAUGAAAGUUUCAGCUGAUACAAAAUACAAGACAAACCUCAAGAUAAGACUUGCGACAUUACAGAAAAAGAUGCACUCCACUUUCCUUCAGAGUGUGCUUUCUCUUCGCGGUGAUGAGGAAGAUGACCCUGACUUAUACCCAGUUCAGUGGUCUAGUGGAUAUGAGGACCUCGAAAAAGGUGCUGCGAAGCUUGAUAUCAACAACGAUCGCCGAGACUGGGGUGAAUUCACCUCACCGGACAUAUCUAGCGACACCAUGGUCAGUGGCAGACCUACAGGCUCUGAGCAAUUGAACCCAGCGAAUAUGAAGAGUAUAAUACCAAGCGAUAUGAACCUAGCACGUCAAGGUUUAGCCAAGCGAGAGAAUCUGCGAGUUGCGUGCUUCUACAUCCGACUAGUGAACAAAGACCAUUCCCAGAAAUAUUACCGAGUCAUACAUCUGGCGGAGCGUACCGUGAAAGAUUUGGCAAAGAAUCUAGUUCGAAAGUAUCCCGAAAGCUUUACACCGAUGACCCGAUUACUAUACAUGAAUCAAGCAGAUUUGAAAGUUGCUGUUGAUGAUGUGAUUGUUCAAGUUGAGAAAACUGAGAAUAACUCAGAGCUACGACUGAUUUUCAGAUUGGAAGAAUGGAAGAAUGAUUGGUAA